CGCGCCCCUCCCUUUCCUCCCCUCUUUCUCUCUGUUCUUCUGUUUCCGGUUCCACACGGAUGCCGGAUGACCGCACGGUCCACGAUAAACGCCGUCACGACCACGACUACGAUGAUCGGUUCAACAACGACCAUGACAACGUCACAACUACCACGAUCACAUCGGACACCACGGCAGCGAUACAGGCGAAGCGUGAACUGUUCUUCAAAGGCGACAACACGGGAAUAAUAUCGUCGCCGUCUGUGCCGUCAGUGCCGCCACCGCAACCUCCGUCACAGGCCCCGUCGUCGGUUAGCACGUCUUCGACGACGACCACGACGACCACGACCCUCGCCUCGCCCAACACAGCGCCUCAAACCUCCUCGACCGUGUAUACAAGCGUCACGUCCUCAGCACCCAGCUCAAAGCCGCGAUUACCUCCGUCCACGGUGAUCCUGAAUCAGAACGAUGCGUCAGAGGAUAGCAAUAAACGGGAGUCGAGCAGGAGCAGCGAGAACAACAAGGAGACCGCUGUCCUGCAUCAUCCGCGACCGACGCCGCCAACCAAGCCCAAAGAACUUGACGGAUACGUGGGCUUUGCGAAUCUGCCCAACCAAGUCUAUAGAAAGGCCGUUAAGAAGGGAUUCGAUUUUACCCUAAUGGUCGUCGGUGAAUCUGGACUGGGAAAAUCAACUUUGAUCAAUUCAAUGUUCCUCGCCGAUAUAUACAGUGCCGAGUACCCAGGUCCUAGCCUUAGGGUUAAAAAAACCGUAGCCGUAGAGACUAGCAAAGUGUUAUUAAAGGAGAACGGUGUAAAUCUUACUCUAACUGUCGUCGAUACUCCAGGAUUCGGCGAUGCAGUUGAUAACAGCAAUUGUUGGGUACCAGUAAUUGAGUACAUUGAAUCAAAAUAUGAAGAGUUUCUGAACGCAGAAUCUCGCGUAGUGAGACGACAGAUUCCAGACAGUCGAGUGCACUGUUGUCUCUACUUCGUCGCACCCUCAGGCCACGGCUUGAAGCCGUUGGACGUUGAGUUCAUGCAACGUCUCCACGACAAAGUUAACAUCAUACCUGUCAUCGCGAAGGCGGAUACUAUGACGCCGGACGAAUGUGCUCAUUUCAAAAAACAGAUAUUGAACGAGAUAGCACAGCACAAAAUAAAAAUCUACGAGUUCCCGGAAGUGGAAGAGGAAGAGGAAAGUAAACUGCAUAAAGUUCUCAGAGACAGAGUGCCGUUUGCGGUUGUGGGUGCAAACACGGUGGUCGAACAUGAUGGUAGAAAGGUCCGUGGUAGGAAAUACCCUUGGGGAAUCGCAGAAGUGGAGAAUCUAGAACAUUGCGAUUUCAUAGCGCUCCGAAAUAUGGUGAUCAGAACGCAUUUACAAGAUCUGAAAGAUGUGACGAAUAACGUGCAUUAUGAGAAUUUCCGAUGUCGCACAUUAGCCGGUGUUGGAAUUGACGGGAAACCAACGAAAGUCUCCAAUAAUUUGUGCCCUCCAGGAGUGAUGAACAGUUUCAUGACAGUGUGGAAUCCUCUGGCUCAGUUGGAAGAGGAGAAGAGAGAACACGAUAAUAAAAUGAAGAAGAUGGAAAUCGAUAUGGAGCAGGUGUUUGAAAUGAAAGUCAGAGAGAAGAAACAAAAGCUCAAAGAGUCAGAAGCAGACGUACAAAGAAGGCACGAACAGAUGCGACGCUCGUUGGAGCAGCAAGUACGCGAAUUGGAAGAAAAGAGACGAGCGUUUGAGGCUGAAAAAUUAGAAUGGGAGAAACAGACUGGUCACAGUAUUGAAGAAUUGCGUAGGCGCAGUCUAGAAGCGAAUUCAAAAGAGGCUGUCGAUGGUAAGGAUAAGAAGAAUAAGAAGAAAGGACUUUUCUAACUCGACACCAGAAAGGCAACAUGAAGAUAUUCGCUUGUCGCAAGUAACAACGUGCUGCUUUACGAUAAAUAAUCGAACACGAAGAAACAUCAAACAGGAAAGAACAAUACAAGAGUAUCGCUCGUAAAUUGGAAUCUUUUCGUUGAGCUCAACUCCGCGAUAUCAUUUUGCGACGGAUGGUUGAAUGUGAUUUUAAAUGAAGCAGUGGCCAUAUAUAUAUACAUAUAAAUAUAUAUUUAUGUAUAAAUAAAAUCGAGGAGAUUGUAAGGAUAAGUCCAAGUUCGUGUAUAAAUUUAAGUUGUAUCGAUAGCGACGCAAAUCGACUUAAACGAAUAGGAGUAAAAUUGUAUAAAAUAAAUUCAUAAGUGUGUGUUGGAUCGUCGUGAUUCGAGACAGUGCGUUCGAUCAUUAUCGUUUCUUUGUUCGCCGUUCGUCAAAUCAAACAAAUGAAUAGAAAACAAGUAAGUCGCGCUUACGAAUUAAUUAAGUUAAUUAUUACAGGGAUCACAGACGACUAGAGGGUGUAUUCGAAUCGAUACGAAAUUUGUACGAAAGAGAAAACCGCGCCGUCUCGAACCCGUCCAAGUAUACGUUUGGUAUUAGCAACAAGAAUGGGCAAACCGAUUUAACUUUUAUAACAAGUUCCUUGAACUUUUCACGACGCCCACACCGGUCAAUUGCAUUUCUUUUUCUCUUGUCUAUUUUCGUUGAACGUCCUGUACAAUUUAUAAAUGGGUAGUUUUGCCGGGUCAGAGGAUCCUCGGAGAAGAAAACCAAGCAGUUUGCCCAAUCUUGGAUAUUCGUAUUUCAAGCUAAUUGAAUUAACUGGUGUGCCAAGACGAAGAGGAUAAGCAUUUUAUAAUAACGCUAGUACGUGAUUCUUCAGUUACUGUAAAAUAAGAUACAUGCGAUUUUCCUAUAAUAUGCAGACAAAAGAAGAAAAAAAAAAAGAAAUAAUGGGGGAGAAAAGAACUUCGUCUCAAUUUAUUGGGAAGAACCACGUGUUACAUUCCUAUUUUGUACUCAUUUUUCUAGGUGAAAAGAAUCAACUCAUCAUCAAGCUCGAUCUUCGCUCGUCACCGACAAUCCCAUUAAGAAGCUCAAAGAAAAUCGCUGCUUCAAUCGCACGGAGAAUGGCGACGAUACUUCGAAGAGCGUACUUAAAAAUAACGAUGAUAAUAAUAAUAUUAAUAAUAAUGAACGUAAAGCUAAGAUAUACUAGAGCAAUUUGUACUUGAAAAUAGACGAAGAUAUGAGGCUUUUCAAAGUAUCGAUGCGUCCGAGUGAAACACUUUAGAUGAAAAAAAAGAAAGAAAAAAAAAUGCUUCGAGAUUCGAGCUUUCGAUGUCGGAAACAGCAAUGAAUACUUUGUAAGGACGGAUAUUUUAGGGGUGAUCGAAUGAUUCGCAUUUUUCUGCACUGAUAAUGUUAAGCUCAAUAUUAUAGACAGGUUCGAAUAAUGAGCUCGCCAAGCUACAAUAUUUUUGUCUAAAGAUAACACAUUUCGCGACAGAGGAUUCUCCUUGCGUGUAUAAAUUCAAUUUUUUUUUUCUUUUCAAAGAGGAAGGAAAAAAAUCUUGGAUGACUCAUAUGAACUCACUUUUUUAUGGAAUUCUCAAUGAGGAAGAUAUCUAGAUCCAUACAUCCGAAGUACAAAGGUAUUAAUAGCAAAGGUCAUACUUGAGGAAUAAAGAGUCUUAAAGAGUCCAUGCAAAUCGAUAAGAAUGGAUGCUUCGUUGUUAGAGUUUUCUUUUUCGUAAGAUCCCAAAGAUGAACGAAGUAAGAAUUGAGUACUUAAAUUCUAUUUUUGGUUCCACCGUAAAUUUUAACUCGUUGCAGAUUUAAAUAGGGAGAGUGCAACGUGUUAGAAUCAUGGAUCAUUAUAGAGAUUGAAAUCCUUAAUAUUUCCGUGACCUAACAUCUUUCUACUAUGAAUUUGAAAAAGAAAAAAAAGAAGAAAGGAACGGCUUAUCUCAUCGUUG